AUUGCUUGGAAGGGGUAAUUAAACUACAAAAGAGAAUGGUUCUUGCUAAGGUUGUUUCCUUCCUCAUCCUUCUUCUUUGUCUGUUUGGAUCUGGGAAUUCGGAUGGAACGUUGUGUGACGAUGUAUCUGGGAAUUCGGAUGGAACGUUGUGUGACGAUGAAGUGACUGCCCUUAACGCGGUGAUAUAUAAAUUGGGAUUGGUGCCGACACCAACCGUUUCAACCGAUUAUUGUGCGCUGUAUUCUGGUCGCCGUGCUUUCAGUAUUUACAUUGAAUGCAACUGUAACGGAACAACUUGUCACAUCACACAAAUAAGGACGGACAGCAUAGAUUUGAGUGGUGGAGGUAUCCAUGAAAUGAUCUCUAAACUCAAGUGCCUGAAGUCGCUAGAUCUUGGAAGCAAUCAAUUGUCUGGUUCCAUACCAGCUACCAUAGGAGACUUGCAAUAUCUAGAAACACUCAAUUUGUACAAGAACUUACUCACAGGCCCAAUACCUCCAUCUUUAGGGAAAUUGUCAUCCCUCAAAGAGCUUAGAUUGUACAGGAACAUGCUGUCAAAUGAAAUCCCUAAACAAUUGAGCAACCUCUCUAAGCUGGAGACAUUGAGAUUGGAACAAAAUCAGCUCAGCGGUCAUAUUCCACCGGAGCUUGGAAACUUAUUAAGCCUUAAGCAACUAACAUUGGAUGAGAAUCAACUGAUCGGUACUCUUCCACCAGAACUUGGAAAGUUGGGAUAUCUUGUGGAUUUUGAUGUAAGGUCCAACUAUCUAACUGGGGAAUUGAACCAAAGUUUUGCAGGACUUCAGAAUCUCCAAUUUUUUAAAGUGGCUGGGAACAAUUUGACUGGUCGAAUACCCAACUAUAUAGCAAAAUGGACUGCACUCAUUUACUUGAAUCUCAUGGGAAAUCAAUUCGAAGGAGAGCUGCCUCGUGAAAUUUUUAACAUGAAAAGUCUUCAAUAUUUGUUGGUUAGUGACCUCAGCAACACCAGUUUCUCUUUCCCAAAAGAAGCAAAACUGUCAUCCAUAUAUCUUUUGGUAUUGAGGAAUUGCUCAAUUAAUGGUCCAAUCCCAGAAUAUAUUGGUAAUUGGUUAUCACUGGAUCACCUUGACUUGAGCUUUAACAACUUAGCUGGUGGGAUUCCUGAAUCAUUCAAGAAUCUAACAUUAACAAAAUUGUUUCUGAACAGGAACAGGCUUACUGAAAUACUUCCUCCCUGGAUUUUCGAUACCGUGUAUAAUUUUUCGGAAAGUACACUGGACUUGACGUAUAACAAUUUUUCAAAGAUUGAAAAACCAAAAAAUCUUCUGCAAGAGCUAAAUUUGGUUUUUUCUAGGAAUGAUAUAUUUGCAGUGAGAGAUUGUCAGGGCAAAAAGUACAAUUCCCUGUUCAUCAAUUGUGGCGGUCCAAAUUUAACAGUUGAUGGGAAUGAAUACGACGGAGAUCUUUCCAUGACAAACUUUGCUAAAGAUCCAAAAGGAAAGUGGGCGUAUACAUGUUCUGGCGAUUUCUGGUCAACAACUAGCAAUUCAAGUGAUUACCAUAAAAACAUGACAUGUGGAGUUUCUGAGAAUUCUUUAUACAGAACAGGUCGUCUUUGCCCUGUUGCUUUGUCAUACUAUGCGUUCUGUUUACAAGAUGACCUGUACAAUGUCACACUUCACUUUGCUGAAACUGUUUAUACAAAGGAAGAAGAUUAUAGUAUUAUGGGAAAACGUGUUUUCGAUGUGUAUAUUCAGGGGAAGAGACAGCGAAAGGAUUUUGACAUAAAGAGAUGGAGUGGGGGUCCAAAUCAAGAACAGCCUGAAGUGUUUCCUUAUACAAAUGUGGAAGGCAAUUUAUUGCAGAUACAUUUAUAUUGGGCUGGCAAAGGAUCUCUGGACAACCCACCUGCUCUUAAUGGCCCACUUUUGUCAGCCAUUUCUGUGAUUCCAAGUAACCCUCCCAGUCCCAGGAAGAAAUUAACUCCUGGGCAAAUAGCAGGGAUUACACUGGGCUCUGUUUUCACGCCCUUGCUUCUAUUGGCUUUCCUCUGGAGAUGGCUGCGAAACAAGGAGUUGGACGAAAUAAUAAAAAUAAAUGUUCAAGGCAAAGUUGUCACCGUCACUCUCAGGCAGGUCAUAAAUGCUACUGGAAAUUUUAACCCUAAGGCGAGGAUUAGUGAUUAUGAUGGACGUUUUGGAGAAGCAUACAAGGCUGAGUUGAAAGAUCCGCAAAUUAUAUUAGUGGUGAAAAGAAUCUCUUCAAAAUUUGAGAAGAAACCAAAUGUUAAAAUGCAAAAGGAAAUUUUGAAACAGCAAAAGGAAAAUUUGGAACAGCGCAAGGAAAAAGGAAUUUCGAAACAGCAAAAGGAAGAGGAAAUUUUGAAACAGCAAAAGGAAGAGGAAAUUUUGAAACGGCAAAAGGAAGAAACACAAAAGGAAAUUUUCAACUUGACAAUUUAUAGGCAUGACAAUCUUGUUCAAUUACAUCAUCGCAGCUCUAAAGAAGGCCUGCAUCUGCUAAUAUAUGAAUACAUGGAAGGCUCGCUUCAUCAAUCCUUGUUUGAAUCUGAAACAAAACCAGUUUGGAAAGACAGAUUAAAUAUCUGCCUGGGAAUAGCAAAAGGUUUGAAGUAUCUACAUGAAGAAAAUAAAUUCAAAAUUGUCCACGGGAAUGUAACAUCCAAAAAUAUCAUGCUUGGUAAAAAUUAUACAGCUAAAUUAUCAGAUUUUGGGCUGGCUGUGCUUUAUGAUGAUGAGCCAUUCUUGACCCUGGAAAGAAGACAGGAUCUAGUUACCAUGGCACCUGAAUGUGCAUAUAAGCCCAUAGCCAUCGAAGCUGAUGUUUAUAGUUUUGGGCAUGUCAUGCUUGAACUUGUCAGUGGAAAACCCAGUGUACAAUCAAGACCAAAUGAGGAUGUAUUUUUGAUGAACACUGCUGGUUCUUUAAAGAAACAGGGGAGGAUUUUGGAUUUGGUGGAUGGUGAUUCGCCAAUGACAAGUGAUGAUAAGGACGAAGCCAAGAAAAUUAUAGAGUUGGCCAUGAAAUGCUUUAACAUCGUUCCUGAAAAUAGGCCUAAAAUGUCUGAAAUUGUUAUUGAGCUUGAAGAAGUCAAGAAUUGCUUGAAACCCAUCCCAGAAAGUAGGUCUACAAUGUCUAAAAUUGUUGGUGAACUUGAAGAAACCAUUCCAACGGAGGAGGAGACAGAAUCCAUACAAGAAAGUAGUUCCAUGGUUGAUUCUUAAUUAUUCCUUAGCAAAUUUGGAGGUUGUUUUGUGCAUAUUUGAGUGCAUAAUCCAAUGUGUAUAUCUUUUAUAUUGUUUGUGAUUAGAUGUGAGUAAUAUUUGGAAAACUUAUUAUCAUGUCUGUGAAUAUUUUAGUGAUUUGGCAAUGUGGUAAUUAACCUAUUUACCU